UGCAGCAAACAUUUCUCAUAUUUUCUGUCUUAUAUUCUAUAGGAUCACAAUGAGCAGCCAAUCCAGUAUGGAUGAAAACACCUCAAAGAUCGAGCUUCCAGGCUUCCGGUUCCAUCCGACAGAGGAAGAACUCCUCGAAUUUUACCUCAGAAACAUGAUCUACGACAACAAGUUCCAUCACGAUGUGAUCGGAUUCCUCAACAUCUACCGCCAUGAUCCCUGGGACUUGCCUGGGUUGUCGAAGAUCGGAGAGAGGGAAUGGUAUUUCUUCGUGCCACGAGAUAGGAAGCAUGGGAGCGGUGGGAGGCCUAACCGGACAACCGAGAACGGGUUCUGGAAAGCCACUGGCUCCGACCGGAAAAUCGUGAGUCUGUCGGAGCCAAAGCGCUUCAUCGGCCUGAAAAAGACUCUUGUUUUCUAUAAAGGGAGAGCUCCACGAGGAAACAAGACCGAUUGGGUGAUGAACGAGUAUCGUCUCCCGGACGGUUGCUCCUUGCCAAAGGAUGUAGUUUUGUGCAAAGUAUACAGGAAGGCAACUUCCUUGAAAGUUCUGGAACAAAGAGCAGCAAUGGAGGAAGAGAUGAAAUCAACGAAGAACAGCAACACAUCUCCAUCGUCGUCUUCAAUGGAAACAAUUUCUUUCUGCAGACCAAAGGAUGGUUUAUUGCCAUCAAUUGUACCCCAAGUGUUCUUCAAGAAAGAAAUGGAAGAAGAGAGAGCAGCAGAGAAGAAACCAUCUUCUGCCGCAUCUCUGCAAUUUCCAUUGGGUAGUGAGAGAUUACCAGAGCUUCAACUGCCCAAAAUGCUCAGUGACUGGACGCAGGAUCAGUUCUGGGCUCAGUUCAACAGCCCCUUGUUUCAGAAUCUCACAACUUAUGCCAACAUCUUGCAUUUCUAGUCACGGUGAUGAAAGGACUAAUUGAUUUAGACCCCCUUGAUGUUGUGUAAAUAUGGCUUUAGGUCCCUGAUAUUAUGUGUAUCUUCCUCUUGUUUAGUUUGUUGUUGUAGCUUGAGACUAGGAGGAUGAGUGUUUUUAUAGCUUCAAGCUUU